ACAAGCGUCCGCGAAGAGGGUUCACAUGACGAGGCGCGAGUUCUUCCUGCGGAAGAUAAAGCAUUGGCUAGGGAUGCGACAUUGGCUUCUUGUUCAUCAGGAGAUGAUGUUUCUAUAGAUAAGAGGGUUGAUUUAAAGCAAAUUUCGAAUGCCGCCAGAGCUCUGAAACGUCACACUGAACUUGUCAACAAAAAGCUAUCCGGGCAACUCUUUAGAAAGGACGUGUAUGUUUUACUGCAAAUCGUGCUUAACAAGAUUCCAUCCAAAGCGUUUUGGUAUCCUCGAGUAGUUCCAUUGGUUCAUCCUAUUGCCGACAGUCAAGUUGAGAUCUGUCUCUUUGUUAAAGACGCAAAAUCUGUCAAGGAACAAAUCAAGCUACAGAAUGUGCCCAAUGUCAAGAAGGUAAUUGGAGUUUCUAAACUCGCGACCCACUAUGAUCGAUAUGAAGCCAGAAGGAAGUUGGCGUCCAGCUAUGAUUUGUUUCUUGUUCAAAAAAAGGUUGCCAAGUUGAUCCCUAAGCUUCUUGGCAAAUCUUUUUUGAGAGUGAAAAGAUUUCCAAUUGUUAUUCUUACGCGAGAAUCGGACCUUUAUAAGGAAGUAGUUAUGGCUCGUGACUCUACUUCCUUCCAACUAUCUUCUGGGCCAAUGCAAACAAUCAAAAUUGGUUUGACUUCCUUCACCGAAGACCAGAUUUGUGCGAACUUUCUCAAAUGCAUCAAUCCGAUCGUUCAAUUAAUCCCGGGCCAUUGGAACAAUAUUAAGCAAAUGUGUCUCCGUACACACCAUUCUCCCUCGUUGCCUUUUUUCACCCAACUGAACCUGUCUUUUCUUUCAAAUCCCCACCUUGUCGACGACGCCAAUCUCUCUACAGGAGACAAUUCGCUCUUGGAAAUCAGCCUCGAUAGCGGAGUAUCUCGGAAACGCACUAUCCAAUACAGUCCAGCAGACGCCGUUGGUGUUUCUAUCAUUAAGAAAAAAGCAUCCAACACCGGCAUCUAUGUUGUUAAGAAAGAACUCGAUCCUUUCUCUUCCAUCAUUGAAGAUUAUCUUCGAGAAGAACAUUUGGCCGACGAAGAUUCCUUCGGCGACCAAAAGCCCACCCAUCAAUCUCCGCAGACACUCAGCCCUUCUCAUAAUUCAACGUCUUUGUCAUAUUCAUCUCUGACCCCAGAAAAAUCACAAACUAAUUUUGAACAAAGCGCACUGUCAAAUGACCACGAUAAUCCCAAAACCCCAAAAAACUCCAAAAAAUCUCCUGGAGCAGUCGAACCUCCUAAACAAAUCAGCGCAUCCGAUCCCCCUAUUGCUGAAAAACAGGUCGAAACACCUAUCAAGUCCCAAUCUGCUACCCCUAGAAAACAGGUCGAAACACCUACCAAAUCCCCAUCUGUCACCCCUAAAAAACAGGUCGAAACGCCUGUCAAGUCCCAACCUGCUACCCCUAGAAAACAGACUGAAACACCUAUCAAGUCCCAAUCUGCUACCCCUGAAAAACAGGUUGAAACACCUACCAAACCCCCAUCUGUCACCCCUAAAAAACAGGUCGAAACACCUAUCAAGUCCCAAUCUGCUACCCCUAGAAAACAGACUGAAACACCUACCAAAUCCCCAUCUGUCACCCCUAAAAAACAGGUCGAAACGCCUGUCAAGUCCCAACCUGCUACCCCUAGAAAACAGACUGAAACACCUAUCAAUUCCCAAUCUGCUACCCCUAAAAAACAGGUCGAAACACCUACCAAAUCCCCAUCUGUCACCUCUAAAAAACAGGUCGAAACACCUAUCAAGUCCCAACCUGCUACCCCUAGAAAACAGACUGAAACACCUACCAAAUCCCCAUCUGUCACCCCUAAAAAACAGAUCGAAACACCUGUCAAGUCCCCAUUUGUUACUUCCAAAAAACAGAACGAAACACCUACCAAAUCCCCAUCUGUCACCCCUAAAAAACAGGUCGAAACACCUACCAAAUCCCCAUCUGUCACCCCUAAAAAACAGAACGAAACACCUACCAAAUCCCCAUCUGUCACCUCUAAAAAACAGGCCGAAACACCCGUCAAAUCUCCAUCCGCUACCUCUAAGAACCAAACUAAAUCACCAGUCAAGUGCUCUUCAAUUUUCAAAAAACAUAUCAAAGCCUUAAACAAAGCCUUACCCAAAAACUAGACCCAGAACGCUCGCUUUUGCUGUCCCCUUCUCUAUCGUAAAUCUCAAUCUGGAUUCGGUUAAUUCUAGGCUAUAAUUUCUAUUCAAUUAUCCAGGCCACAAUAAACCUGUCUGCGCUUCAAAACUCUCUUGUAUCGUGUUCAACAGAGAACACUAUCAAUUCAUCGGACAUUUCCUCGGAAUUUGACUUUCCUAUUUUUUUGUUCAAUCCGUUCAGUCAGCUCCAGGUAACGACUGCAUCUACAAGGCUUUGGUACGAUUUCAAAAUAAAGUGUGCCAAUUUUCAA